AAACUCUGUAAGCUUAAUGUUGGAAUUGACUUCAUUGCAGAUUGAAAUUAAUAAUUAUGGGAAUAAUUUCAUCGACGUUUACAUCUUUGGCUCUUCAGUUCGCUUGGAAUUAUCAGAGACUUCUGGAUCCGAGAUAUAGAUGCGCUGAAGUUAAAAAAGCUGUUGAAUAUUCACCUCCCCUUAGCAAUGAAGUGCCUAAAAUUAAUGAAGUCACGCAAACGAGUUCAUUGCCGACAAAAGUGGAAGCAAAAUUAUCGCUUCACCAGGAAAAAAGAAGAAGAAGAGCAGCCCAACUUCGCUACAGAGGAAGACCAUCAAGUUUCGAUGCUUCCUUCAUUGUGAGAUGUCCAAACAGAAAAUGUGUUCGAAGUGUGGCCCAAGUCGUCACAUCGAAACCAAAUUUUCCCCGCAGACAAAGAACUCUCCAAUGGGAAAUAACUUCCUCAUCUGGAUGUUCAUCAGACUCUGCCUCUGAUUUCGAAUCAGAAUCAGAUUCCGAUACCGAACUGAGAAUAAAUCUCGUCGAAAAUUCAACGCAUUCAGAGGGAGUGCAAUCUAAAGAGGGCGAAGAAAAUGGAGAACCCGUUGCCAUGACUGCCGCUGAAGAAGCAGCAUUAAGAAUAACCGUUGGUAGAGGACAUUUUAGUCAAUCGAAAAAGGAUCGAUUUUUAAAUAAUCUUCGACUUGAAAAAAGAUUAAACGAUCUAAACAACGAUUUCUUUGGCGCAGUUUGUCGGGCGCACUGUCACACACUACCAAGAUGACUCUGACCAGAUAUUUACACAAUAAUUUAACACUAAGAAUUUUAAGACUAAAAAAAAAAUCUCUAAUUAUCGAGGUGUUAACUUGAUCCAAUUUGGUAUCAAUUCGAUUCAAAUUUUUGGAAUCAAUUUGAUCCAAUUUGGUACCAAUUCGAUUCAAAUUUUUGUUAGCAAUUCGAUCCAAAUUUUUGAUAUAAAUUUGAUCUAAUUUGGUACCAAUUCGAUUCAAAUUUUUGUUAACAAUUUGGUUCAAAUUUUUUGCUAGCAAUUCGAUUCAAAUUUAUAGUAUCAAUUUAUAGUAUCCAAUUUAGUAUCAAUUUGAUUCAAAUUUUUGUUAGCAAUUUGGUUCAAAUAUUUCCUAGCAAUUCGAUUCAAAUUUUUGCUAUCAAUUUGAUACAAUUUGGCAUCAAUUUGCUACCUUCAAGAAAACUGAAAAAAAUGUCGAAAGAUUCUAGCUUGCAAUCUAGUUUUCUUUAUAGAUAUAAAAAAAAAACAUUUUUGAAAAUUGAAAUUUUAUAUGAGUAGGAAAAAUUUUGUUACGUUACGGCGAGACCAAUAUUCAAUGUUUUUUUAUCAUAUAUAUUUUAUAAAUAUAACGUGAAUCACGUAAGAUUUUAAGAAAUUUCAAGUUUCAAAGAAUUCACUUUUAAUUAACAUUUUUUUUUUUUUAAUUAAGAAAAGACUGACAAUUUAAGUUUAUAUGUUCGUUAACGAUAAUCAUUCUCGAUUCAAUAAUUGUUUUUACCUAUAAACUGUUAUUGAAACAUUAAGAAAAUAUUUCCGAAUUUGAGAAAUGAUUGUAAAGUUCUUCUCAAAUUUGCGAUUGAGAAUGAAAUUUUUAAAAAAAUCAGGGCUCCUACGGUUACAGAAGAUGUAAAAAUCUAUUUUCUCUUUUUAAAAUUCGUAAAAACAUUACCAAUUUCCUUACGAAGCAAAUAUUUUUAAAUAUCAAUUAUCAAUUUUAGUUCAGUUUUAGUUAAUUACUAAUUACUAAUGUAUUUUAUUUAAUUUCUACUUAUUUUCUAUUCUAUCUUUAAUCAAUUGUCUAUUUAUUUUUAUUCAGUUUUCAAUUCUUAAUUCUUAGGUUUCAAUUUUAUUUUUAUUCAACUUCCGUUUUAAUUUUUUUCAUAUUCUUUAAUUUGUGUUUAUUUAAAUUAUCAAAUGUAUAAUUUUUCUUUAUUGUAAAAUUUUUCAAAAAAUCCGAAAACCUUUAAAACCGUAGCAACCCUGAAAAGUCAACCGGGCCUUACAACUUAUCCUUCUAGUCUUGUAUAUUUGCGAAUGCGAAAAGUUUCCCUAUCAUCAAAACGAUAAUCACAAAAAGAGAAACUAAGGACGAUCGGUAAUUUUUAAUUUAAAAUAACUUUUUUUUUUUGUAAAAAGCUUCGAAAUUGAUUUUAAUUUCAAAUAUUUCCAAUUUUGUUA